AAAGUGCCUCAGUAAUAAAGCUUCCUAUUUCUGUCAUCAAGGAUUAACUGAUUCAAGACAGACAUAUAUUUAAAAAUCAAAAUGCGACUGAAAAAAUUUCAAGCUGAUCUGAGGUUUAUCUUACUAUAUCCUGAACAGUUUUACUCAUAUGUGACUUAUGAUUUGUUAACUUCAAGCUGUACGAAUCAAAGUAAUGUUAUUACAAUGAUAAGAGCUUUAAAAAAAGCAUUAGUGAAUAAUUUAUUCAUUAAAAUUGGGUAUAUAUACGUCGUAGCAAGCCUGAGUUACUCAGCUGAAGUGAGUUUUAAAUUCGGUCAGUAUGAAACACGGACUGCGGACUGCGGACUACGGACUGCGGACUGGGUAUAAAAUACGGACUAGGUAUAAAACGCGGACUAGAAAAUACGGACUGGGUAUAAAACACGGACAAGGUAUAAAACGCGGACUGCGGACUGGGUAUAAAAUACAGACUACGGACUACUUUGGUAAAAACCGUGCAAAUUGGUUCUAGUAAGGAAAAAUAAGAUCAAAAGAUCGCUAAAUAGCAAGACACGUGAGUUAAAGUUGUAAAUACUCCUAUAAAUUCUUGGUGGAGGUGUCCCGCCCGGUCCUCUGAAUCAUGAGCCAGAUCAAAAUGCUAUUUUCUUCACCCAUUUGUAGACCUUGUCUUGGUCUCUAACAAUCAUGAAAGGGGUCGGGAUCAGGGGUGGUACUCCCUUCUAUAAUGGAAGGGUAGGGGUUUUGGGCUUUGGUGUGGAAUCGGGUAUGGUUUUCGAGGGAACUAUGGGAGCGUACAUGAAUGGACGUAUUUAUCGUUUCAAUUCCAGAUGAAUAAGAAGGUAAUAGAAAUGUGCGAAUUCGAAAUGCAUUUGGAGAAUUUUUUUGUUUCCGCUCUAACUUGGUAAUGAUGACAAAAUUUCUGCCUAAUUAGACCUAACCUGUUCAACGCUCUGAGAUAGUUGGGUCCGCUGAAUUGAGAAAGCCAAAAUACGAAAAUAAAACGGGAGAAGACUGGGGAGUCUUCCCAACUAUCUGAGAACCUGGAACAGGCUAAAUUAGGCCAGGUCCGAAAAUAGGUAUGGAUUUCAGAGAUCUAGUCUGAAAAUGGGUGUGGAAAAUGACAAUUUUUUGGUCUCCAAAAAAGGUCAGGAUUCGGAGAACCGGGCACUACACCCUCACCAAGAAUUCCCAGUAGUACCCCCUUCCGGGGAUGAGGAGCAGGGUGUAAAUCAUGUCAUCAUAAUCAUCGCUUAGAAUAUAACGUUGGAUGACUCAUUUCGGUUAUUAUCCACGUAUGUGAGUAAUCCUUCGCACCUAAAUACUGCUUUUGUGCAUCGCAUUGACCUUCUCGUCUGAGUUCUUCAUUCAGUCCUCAUAUUCCCAAGGCUUUAUUUGAAACGGAAUUGUGGCAUCCGAUAAGAAUUUUACUGAUCUGACUAACACCAAUACUAUUUUUUCUAAUUCGGUGCUUCUUAUUGGUGUAAAACUACAAAUUGAAAUCUCUUCAAACUCCUUCUUUUUAUAAAAUUCAGAGGUUAAUUUCAGUUGCCUUGAGUACUGGCAUAACCUUCCUUCUCCGUGGGAACGGAAUAGACUACGUGAACAGCGUUAAAGCUGGGACUACUGUUUUUGCUAGUCCGCUUUCUAUUUCUCUCAGUUUUACCUUCUAAAGCUGUUUUUAUAUACAUAGUCCGUAGUCCGCGUUUUAUACCUAGUCCGUGUUUUAUACUCAGUCCGGAGUCCGCAUUUCAUACCUAGUCCAUAUUUUAUACCCAGUCCGCAGUCCGUGGUCCGCAGUCCGCAGUCCAUGUUUUAUACUGACCGGUUUUAAAUUUAAGGACCUUUGUACUUGAAUGUUUCGGUUGUUUUAUUCUGUCAGGGGCACCCUACGACAAUUUUCGGAAAAAUAUCUGUUCGGAAGACGAUUUGAGAUCUAGAAUUUUCGGAACAUUUGUUGUAAAAUUUCUUGCUUGCCUGCUUCUCCUAGGAUUUUCGCAUAGGCGUACGGGCCGGGGGGGGCGAGGGGGGCUGCAGCCCCCCCAAAGUUUGGGCAACUCAGACUUUUUGGGCAGCAAGAGCAAAUUUGGGCAAAGCCAGUUUUUAAAGACGUUUCCAUGUUUUAUUAUUAUUAUUAUUUUGAAGAGAUAAAUAUUUUCUAUUUUAAGCAGAGGUCGGCGUAAUAAUUCAGUUACGUUCACACGAGACAGUGUUUGCCUAGCACGUGAUGAGUUUCUGGUUAUAAGGGAAGGGUAUCAUAUGCUGAUUUUUUGCUUUGUUGGGCACUAUACUUCACUGUACUAGCUGGAGUGGGCUAUUUCCAGUCAUGAAUUGAUUAGAAUAAACUUCCGCAUAACUUUCUAGAAUCACCUCCGCUCCUAGAACAGUGUGUGGCAGAACACGCAUCAGCAAUGGGUCUGAAAGUGAAGUAGCUGACUAAUUCUCAGUUUGAAUUACGAGAAGAAUCAUAAUUUUCUGAAACAAAUCUAUCGAGGGGUUUAAAAAUUAUUCACUAAUUUGUUUAAGUAGACCAAAAUGUUUACGAAACCCCUAACAAGAUCGAGCGCUAAUCAAAUCCUUCCUUAUAGCAAUUGGCAGGAGCUAUCUCCAUGAUCUUUCAAACACAUUUUUAAUAAGAUUGAAACUACUGUGAGGUGAAAUUGCAUGUCAAAAGCCAGGGGCACCCAACGGGAAAUUUUGAGAAAAAGACCUAAAAACAACAACAAAGCGUGAAUAAAGUUUUCUGAGACUAUUUUAAGCAUUUUGGGAGAUUGCUGGAAAAAAAUUAUCUGUUCCUCACUCCCAGCAAGACUGAUGGAAGAGUUCCCAGCCAGCAACCUUACAACCUGCAACCUGACUUACUGGGAAGUUUCAUACGGCACAAUUCAGAUCUUGAGUGGUAAGCAACCCAUACAAGUAACCCGUAGCAGCUAUUCUAGACUUCAAAUCCCCUCUGACACCCUGAAUUAUCUUUUUCCCAGCAACACUUUCCUUCCAAGGACUAUUAUUUCUUCCACAUCUCCCAGCCAGCAAAAAUUUGCAUGAAGAACAGAUAUUUUGAGGAACAGAUCCAUUGGGUGCCCCUGAAAAGCGCUCCGUUUUCUUCAGAUUACGACUAAACAUCAACAUUUUCCCUUUUUACCUUAUUUCUAACAAUAAAAACUUCAUCCCAAAAUAUCUCGAUAACGCUCUUACAGUUCCGUUUUAACUUCACGAACAUUGAGGCGACUAUUGGAGGAAAGAGCUCCCCUGAACGAUUUUGUAAGAACAGUUCCCAGUGAGAAAUAUUGCUGCAAGUAUAAUAGGUAAUGGCGUCAUGUCGUUGCUAUGACAGCUCCAAUGUCAUUGCAAUCCUGAUCAUGACAAAUUUCCCUCUUUAUCUAAUACAACUGUGGUGGUAAUUUUUUCCAAAUGCUCGUUUGUGGCGACGCAGUUUAUGCUCAAACUUGGCAGGUAUUGACUCUGAAAAACUUUAUCGAGCCACUUUCAUAUGCCAGUACGGCCUAUUUUGUUGCAUGGCCCUAGUUUCCUUUCGACUGUUUUGUAAAAAUUUGGGCAACUUGCAACAAUUUUUUGGGCAAAUGGAUUACCGCCCCCCCUGGCAAAAAAUUGCCCGUACGCCUAUGGAUUUUCGAACAUCUAAAAUAUGGUAUAAUUGCCUAUUUUUAACGGAUUUUUACCCUAAAAAGAUCACCUAGAAUUUUCGGGAGCCUUUUUUCUGGCUGAAAUUUUCGAAAAGGUAAGUUUUGAUCCCUAUAAUUUUCGGAUCACUAGACUUUCAGCUAGGAAAUCCGAACAGAUGAAAAAUUUUUAGGGGAUAAAAAUAUGCCUAUAUCUACCGUUUAAAUACCAAAAUACGUUUACCAAUGCUAUGUUUUAGUGGUUUUGAACUAUAUUCUCGUUGGGUGCCCCUGUUCUGUUUGACUGAGGGAUCUGAUCUGGGAACAGUGUAACCUAUCAAGCAGAUUAGACUACUUCAGGCAUCAAGAAAUGAGUUGAAAGAAAACGUUUUACCAUCGCUGGCAUAUUUAAAGCCAAUUUCAAGGUGUCUCAGCAGCAGGAGAGGAUCUACACCGUCCAGUAUCCACCGUUUACAAAAAUAGGUCAGAUUUUUGAUCAUAAUAAAUAUAUUUUUUAAUUUUUAAAAAAAAAAAAAAAGAUAUUUUUUAUGAAAAAAAAACUUUUACGUUGAAAUCUGGAAGUGGUUUGGACAAUUUUUUUUCAAUUUCUGGGCGUUACUUCGCUAUGAGAGGGAAUAAAACUGGCCAUAUUUCCUCUCUCAAUGACACAGAAACGCAUCGAAACGCAGGAAAGGGGAUUUAGGGAGUUAAAAAAACAACAACAAAUUUCCCGGUGGAGCAUGCCGCUUGACCCCACUAGAAGUUUGCGUCCUCGCCUCUUGCCUAGCUCGGGAAAUCGGUCAGACUGAUGUCCUCCUAAAUACGUUUAAAACACUUUUUAGGCUGUGAUCCAGAGUACUUUUUUAGGGCUAGAAAUGCAUUCUCAGCAGUGCUAUAAAAUUUGUACCUGUUCGGUCAUCCUAGGGGAAAUGGAGUCUUUUCGAAAUUACAAGGGCUUGAGGAUUAUUUUCCCGGAGAAUUUUAGAUGCAAUUUGACGUAUUAUGAAAGUGAGACAUUUACUGAUUCCUCUCUCCGUCGCAUUUUUGAAUCUGCGAAGUUUAGGUUUCCCUAGCCUUACUUGGAAAGUGAAAUGUGAAAAUUAAUUUCAGAAAAUCGUAAGCAAUUUAUAAGAAAAGCUUCGAAAAUUGUACGUGAAUGGAACGGUCAUAUAAAAAUUUUUAGCCAUCCUCAAGUAAAAGAAAAUUCUAGGCAACGCUCUUGCUUCUCCGAACAAAUAUUUUACAGAAAACAGUCGUUGGGUGCUCCUGAGUAGUACAUCUGUCAUGAUAAGAUAUCUAUAUUGAUAAGUUUUUCAAGUUUUCUUUUAUAUUUUCUCAUAUUCAUCAACAACAUUUAUACAAAAAGAAAGUAUUAGAAAAAACGUGGAACUGUGUGUAAACGAAAACCCUUGCCAGUGCUAAAAAGUAUUUGCGCACCUUAUCUCACGCAUAGUUAGCAAGAGAUAUAAUGGCAAAUGUGCAAUAAAAGACUGGGAAAUGUUGUCAGUGACAUUAUCAAGUGAUAACCUGAGACAAGGCCUAAGUCUAGCCGCUUUCAUACAUUCUCUCUGGUGUCAGUUUUAAGUGGUCUCCCUAAAAUUAAUUCACCUUGCAUUGUCUCCCAGAUUUUUAUUAACCAAGAGAUCAACGAAAAUAGCCCACUUCGUUAUACCUGUUAGCAUUUUUCUUCACAGAGCUUGAGAGAAUCGUCAGAAUUGAACAAAAGAAAAACUUUUGAAAUCAGUUUGCCGACUUGUCGUGAAAACUUUCUGAAUUAACCGGGGAACAGGGCGUUGCCACCAGGAUCUUCAUGAAAAUCGGGACUCCGAUACCCUGGGUACCUGGUGGCUUUCACGCGGCUGCGCGGGAUGCUUCAGUAUUAAUUAACACUUGACCCAAACUGAAAAGUCUUCUGGCAGGGCUGGGAGACCUAAUCGGCAGGUCUGCUUGAAAAGUUUAUUUGGUGGAGUUAAAAGAAUAAACUAGUGUUCGUGGGCGUUUUCUAUUUACCAAAAACUUUCGGAAGUUUCCGGGGAAAGGUCCAUCGACUGAAGAACGUGUUCCGUUUGACAUAAGUUCCAUUCGCCUGUGCUCUCGUCAUCAAAAUUCAAGACGGUGGCACAGACAUCGCAGUGAAUAGCCCGGAACUGGUGAUAAUCCACUUGCACUAAGAGGUCACGUGACCAAUGCUUCCUUUAACAAUGAGUUGGAAUCUUGCUGAUGCCUAAAAUUGACAGAGCACAUAAAAAAAAAUUAUCUUACAGCCAAAUUUGAGGGAAAACACAUUUAAGGGAGAUAUUUUAUGGCACUUCGAUUUUUCAACAAAGUCCGGAGCUCCUGACAAAGUAGUAUGAUUUGUAUUGGCCGCAUACUCUUGCCCUCCAACAUGGCGGCCAAAACUACUUGCUUAUAUCUUGUUAAACGUUUGAUAAUUACGCUCAGAUGUGCUGUAAAAGUUACCACAUCAUCUUUUCAACAUUUCCCUUGAAGUUUAGGUGCAAAAUUUGUGUUGAGAAGAGGUAAUUCAUGAUUUUAGAAAGCACGUUUCAGUCACAUGACCAGCUACGAACUUACUCAUUUUAAGAAAAUGGUGCGGGUUUGAAAAACCAAAUUACCAUUACUAUGUUUAAGAUAUUACCUACUAAUCGUUUUUCAAAGGCAAAAUCAUAUAACUUUCAUUUCCAUAAAAGCGAACACCGUGACGUCUUAUUGCAAAUGGCCUAUGUAUUCCGUGCGAAUCCGUGCGAAAACUCGCGAAUGGAACGUGCUACCUUUUCAAAAUUCUACUUACUCCCCGGACGUUUACAGUGGAACGCCUGGCAAACGUGUGUCCCAUUAUUAACAUCCGAACAGGAAUAUCUCGGGAAAUGGAAAGCCCCCCCGUUUCACCCCCCCCCCCCCACCCCGCCCCGCCCCCCACUUUUUCCAGUGAAAACUAGUUCCCAGUCCCUCCUUACAAACAAAUGGCAGAGGAACUAUGUAAUGACUGCGAUGCGACGACCACUGCCGGCGUUUGUAGUCGGGUUCUUACUUGGGAUCUUUGUCGUCACAGUCUUUACUUAUUUAACGGGUGAUACACUCUCACGCAAACUAUUUGUCUUGGUCAAAAAUCCUCCUCCACCAAAUGACGAUGGGGAGUUAGACAUCACGCAUAAAAUUGUUUAUCGCGACAGUAACAAGUUCAAGGUUGAAUCACCCGUGGACUUUGAUGUAGAUCUUAAAGAUCAUCAUCACCAUCUCUCGUUGAAUAAAGAAGCCCUGAAGGAACAGCAGGAAAUAAGGAUUCUUUGUUGGGUGUUGACAAGUCCAGACAAUCUUCCUAUCAAAGGUAAACCUGUCAAGGAAACGUGGGGGAAACGUUGCAAUGUUCUUUUGUUUAUGAGCUCUAAAACCGAUCCCAGUUUCCCGGCGAUUGGGCUAAAUGUUAGUGAGGGUCGCGAUCAGUUAUGGCAAAAAACCAGAGCGGCUUUGGAUUACGUCUAUGAGCACCACAUAAACAAUGCUGACUGGUUUUUGAAAGCCGACGAUGAUACGUUCGUUAUAAUCGAAAAUCUCCGCCAUCUGGUUUCAAGUCUGGAUCCCGAGAAACCCCACUAUCUAGGGAGACAUUUCAAGGGCGGGUUCAAUAGCGGCGGAGCUGGUUACGUGUUCAGCCGAGAAACUUUACGUAGAUUCAAGACAGCACUCGGUGAUUCCUCUAAAUGCGCUAAACAAUCUUUGGCAGAGGAUGUGGAAGUAGGAAAAUGUCUGAAUGCAAUGGGGGUCAAGCCGGCAUAUACCAGGGAUAAGAGUGGUAGGGAAACCUUCAUGCCGCUUCCCCCGGAACAUCAUCUCAUACCUGGGUAUCUUAGCAAAGAUUUUUGGCUUUGGAGUCUUGACUAUAAUCCGUAUAAAGAGGGACCAGAAUGUUGUUCUGAUCAUGCAGUGGCUUUUCAUUAUGUUAGCCCCAACAUGAUGUACGUGUUGGAGUAUUUAAUUUACCAUCUUAGACCUUAUGGAAUGAUUCAUGAUGAUCACAGUUAGGAUCGAAUGUCAAGGGAAAUCUGAUAAAGAGAACAAUUCUGAGGAGAAUUCAGUGACAAGGUAGUCAAUGUUUUGGGUGAGAAUAUAGCAAAAUUGUAGAAUGCCUUUUGGAUAGGACACUGUCAGGAAUCCUAACCCAGAGUUGCAAACACCAGAUCAAUACCUCAAAUCAGCACCAAUAUGUUCCUGAAAAUAAGUAAUGUUAUAACUUAGACACAGCUCUAUACUUCACCACUAUGACUGGACCUCUCUUUAUAAACUUCUGCAAGGCCUUUGACAGCAUGAACCAUUCUUGGCUGUUAGAUAAGCUAUUGUUGGUUUUCACAUGAUGUCACUAAAAUUCAAACUAAAAAACUAUCGUUCAUACCAGAAUUUUACUUUCACAAUGCAUUAGAGCAGCUGAAAACUAAUUUUCAUACAAAUUUUCGCUACGCUUGAAUUUCUAAGCUUUUGCGUAACAUGACGGCCAAGAGAGCUGUCAUGUAGGUUAAAAAAGUGACUUAUUUCAGGAAAUUUUGCCAUUUAAAUAGUUCAUGUAUUAGAAAAAGUAUUACUUUAAUGUUAAUGAGUUUCCCGAAGAAUAAAUUCACGCUUUUGUAGCAAAACUCGGUAACAGAUGUUUCUGUUGGUUUCCAUCCACCAUGUUGGAGCUCAUCCAGGUGUGCACCAGCAUGGCAUCUCCAUACAAAUCUCUAUAAGUUUGGGUAAAACAUUUCUUCAGAUAUCUCGUAUACAAAAUAUUCCUCUGACCUGAAUCUUGGGGAGGGUCUUUGUAUAUGUACCUCCUUUCAUUUCCCAGAUUCCAGACUUUACCUAUUGAAUGGUUUUGAUUUUUAUUUUGAUCUAUUUUGAAUGGCGUGACACUGAAAACCAGCAAUAUACCCUGGGCAUGGUAGAUCAAGAACACAAGUGGUGUCCUGACUAUCUUACAGGUAAAACUUAGCAGUUGCAAGGAACUUUCUCAGAUAUAGAUUCUAUCUCUGUAGGUUUGCCCCAAGAGUCCAUCAUUGGGCCUCUUCUAU